CAAAGUUAUUGAUUUUUGAUUUCAAAGUUGUAGUAGAUGGUACAGAAAGUACUCACAAUAAACAAGAAAUAUUUCUUUAUGUGUGAUAUUAGUAUCCAUAUAAUCGUCAAGUUAAUUACAUAAGUGUAAGCUUUUUACACUUCAAAACAAUAUACUUAUACUAAAAAUGUCUUACUAUUAUAAUCGCAUGUGCCUAAUUUUCUUUAUACAUCAGUGUUUAACGUUCUACUCUGAAGCCUUUCAACAAAAUAAAUCUUGGCAUCAUAUCCGAAGAGCGAACGUUGACGAGAAUGUUUUCAAAAAUCAAAAAAUAGUGACGUACCGUUCCUUUCAACCUGUAUCGGUUAAUUAUCGUAAAUCCAUGAGAUACCCGAGGGUAGAAGUACGCACAGACUACGAUACUAAUUCUUAUGAUACUGAUUACGGCGGCGUUGUCUCAAAUUUCACGUCUUCCAUUUACGAUGAUAACCCACCUCUUUACCCUAAUCCUGAAAUAUUAACCAGAAAUAAUCAAGCACAAGUAACAAAAUUUAUAGAGAAUAAAUUAACUGAACCCGAUAUUGAAGUUCCCGAUGAUACAAUCUCCGACUCUGAUCUCAAAGAGCACAACAUAAUAGAUAGUGUUACCUACCUCUAUGGAUUUAAUACAUGCCAUGGUGUGAGAAACGAGUGGAUGAUAUUAAUAUUUAUAACUAGUGGCCUUGCAAUAGCGAUACCUUUGUCAGCAAUAAUGUGGUUGAUGUGGAGUCAUUACGCUGCCGAGUUCCGUCGCAGCAGUAAGCUGUAUCCGCUGGUCAUCAAUCUAUGCUGCUGCCUUGUGGCUUGUACUUUAAUAUACAUACAAGCUAUUGUGGGCGCCUCGUCUCCGUCACAAUGUGAGAGAAUCGCCUUAGUUCUUCAUUACACGCAUAUUUCCUGCGCGGUGUGGAUCGUAGUUCUGGCUGUAGCAGUGUCUGAGUACUGUAUGUGUGAUACCCUGCUGCCGUUAAAAUAUAAUUACCUAUUAGCUUACGGUGUUCCUGCUAUCAUCGUUAUGUUCAAUUACGCGUUAUCUAUGGAGCAGUACGAAAUAAAGCAUUAUUGUUGGAUGUCCAUUGAAAAGGGAAUGGUUAUGGGUUUUAUGGUCCCCGCCAUGAUACUGAUAUUAAUAAAUACCGGUAUUAUAAUUGUUGGACUUCAAAGUGUGAAUAGAAAACAGAAUGAAAUGCUGACUGCUAAAAUACAAGAGCUUGUUGAUCAUCAUAUCGCAAACUGGCCGAAAAACGCCAGAGUUGAAGAGAAUGGGGCGGGGAGCAUUGAAAAUAUAGAUAAUAUGUUUACACCGGGCAGUAGUAGGAAAAAUACGGAUAGCUCUGACACAUUGGAUAAAGAAUUUAAUUACACUGACGAAGAAUGUCAUUAUGUUAACAUAUGUAUGUCGAAUAAUGAUGUCAACAGUGACGGUUCAAAGGAGGUGAAUGAGCAAAUGAAAGGGUACACUGACAAGGGUCUGCUGAAUAUGCUAUACAUGGAUAACAUGUCUUGGAAGUGGACUUGGAAUACCGAGGGAAACGCUCUGAAAACAUAUCUCAAUCUGUGUUUGGUUUUGGAACCGUUUUUCGCUAUCAACUGGGUUAUGGGAGUGGUGGCCAUCGAAAAUGCAACACAUUGGUCUACACCAACUAUUUAUCUCAUUCUAAUUGUUUCAAUGCAUAUUUACCUGGCGGCCACCAUUUGCACGACUUUGCCGAUCGUUCGCAGCAACAGCGCCCCUUGUGAAGAAGUCGUAUCCGAGACAACAUUGACCCGGACCAAGACCACAGAUAGCAUACCGUUACUGGAUCCAGCGAUACAACAACCGAAUGUAACUCCGGCGCCUGCAGAUACUAUCAGUACGAUCAGUAUUUAAAAUGAUUAUGUAAAUUGAAAGGGAAUUAAAGUAUACUUUAAAAGUAUGAUUUUGAUGGAGAAAGUUAGCAUAAAGUUCAAUAUUCAACUUUAUGCAAAUGGCCAAUGAGGGGUGUGAAUUUUGAGGUUUGACACUUUUUUUUAACGGAAGUGAGUUUUAAAAUCGGUAUUGUAUUUUGAAUCUGUGGCAGUUUUUCGUGAUAAGAUAUAUGAUAUAACUGAAAAUGUUAUUUGAUCCUCUAAUUAACUAUGAUAUGCCAAAAAGUGGUUUUAAAUGUUUGAACAUUUUAAAAGUUAUUAAAGAAAUAUUUUGAAAUUUAUAGACUUAAAAUCUUAAAUGUAAUUCUUCACUAUUUAAAAUAAAAGUCGAGAUUUGCUCUUGUAGGAUAGUUUUGGAGUCUUUACCUGUGGCAUCUCUAUUUGCUGGCUAUAGAAUGAAGCACAAUUUCCGACCAAAAAGACUGUUUGAAACAAAAUCAUUUAAAAAUAACUUCAAUGCUUUUGAAGAAUUAUCUUUGUCCUAUUGCUUCCCCCAAACUUGUCUGUUAUUACAAAUAAAUAGAUUUAAAAAAAAAAUAGGUAGAUAUUGUUAUGGAUAAAAUUUUCAAACAAUCAUCUUAAAAUAGUAUCAUUACUGUGCUUUUAAGAGUUUAAUAAAAUAUAGCAUUGUAGAUUUCCUAAAGUGAUAAUACUAAAGUUCUUUAAUAAAUAUUUAUAAACAGAAUUUUAUUCAGAGUUCUUGAAUUUUAGCAGAAUUAUUUACAAGCUGUAGGAUAAAUUCAGUGUUAGUUAUAAUAAAGAUAUAUUUAUAACUUAUGGUGUGAUUAACAAUCUGUUGUACAAACUAAUAUCAAACUUUAUCUGUGGUACAGCUUUUCAAUUUUUGAGUAACUUUUUAAGUUACAUACAUGUUAUCACAACGUUCCUAGAUUGGCCAAAAAUAUAAUUACAUAUUAUCGUCUGAUCUCAAACUAUUGUUAAACAUAAAAAUUUUGUCGCAUGAUUUGUGAUUGAUAGUUGUAGUUGAAAUGUGUUGCGAUAAAUAGCCGGAGACUUUAUUAAAUGUUUUCAUUACUUCA